CGAAAAAACAAAGAGAUCGCGACUUUCCCUCUGCAGUGAGGCGCGCGCGUCAGUUGACGAAAGCGUCGACACACACACACACAUGCCGCGCUGGUGGAGAAAGCGAAGGUAGAUGUCGCUGUUGCGGCAGUUUUCCCGCUUGAAACGAAGAACCAACGGCCUCGCUGUUUCGUUCGGCAACUUCCGCUUUUACGGUGUAGAGAACUUCUCUUGAAACGGCUCUUGGUGUUAAAAUGCUAAGCAUGUUUUGACUUUUCCCCCGCGACCCGACGCCUGCCGAGCCUCAGGUUCUUUUCGACGCCGAUUGAGUUUCAUGACGCUUCUCUUCUCCUCGCUUUCGCUCCCAGCAGGCCGUCAGCAGAGGUAGGUCUUUUGAAAAAAGAAGUUUUCGUGGACUCUCCCACCCUCGAGAACUUCUUGCAGGGUGACUGGAGAAACGAGGCUGGGUCUUCAGCGCCUUGCAUCUGGUUAGGAGCGAGAGGAAGUUCCUUCUUUUUCGCGUCGAAUUUUGGACAACCUCGACUCUUCGGCUAUAGUUUCGCACAUGCCCAGUGGACUGCAAACGACGGUUAAUUCUGCGAAGCGUUUUGACGUUCAGUGGCGGUCGCCGUGAAGCUCACUCCGCAUUCGCUCGGCCUCUCGGCGCAGCGGAGUCUUCUUCAUCGUUUGAGGGACCUUCAUGCUUUUAUGCACUGGGAGGUGCUCAAGUGUGAGCAGGACGAAGCCGUCGAAGAAGACACAAGCGCGCUUUUGAGGAACGCGAAGAUGCGACAGGCAUCGCGACAAAAAGAAUGGACACAGACAUGACACUGUUGUUGAGCCCUGUGUUUCUCGUUUCAACGCAACUGCUGACGGCACUCUGGGGUCCUUCUCUUUGUACGCGCGUAAUGCACAUGCAUGGUGCUGUGUGUCUGCGUCGAGAUCUGAGCACAAGUGGCUAGAAGAGACGACGAUAUGCACAGGAAGGAAGAGAAGCACAGUCCGAGCCAAGGACGCGAAAGAAAAGUCGCGUCAAGUCCGUUCAAUGGACUUCCGAGGAACAGCAAGACGGUUCGGUCGCGAGCAGCGUUUCACAGCACGAGCCUCCUGGUUUCUGUUUGCUUCCAAGACUCUCGAAAGUGAUUUUUUCUGGAAGAACCCCCUGCGAACUGUUCGAGUCUGCGUUGACGGACGCAGUGAGCUGAAGAGGAGGAACUUGUCAAGCAUCACUCGAUUUACGCAGAGAAGAGGACAACGCCGUUUCCUGGCUCGUGCUUCACUUUUUCCCCCUCCAUUCUGCCCUCUCUUGUGCGACCCCACCUACGUUACAGCGCAAGAGGUUCGCUCUCUAAAGGUUCGUUCCUGUUCCAUCUCCGAACUUUGCUUCUUCUGCGUUGUUCCAGCCUGUGCGAUCGACUCGGACCCGCGCGAGACUGUUGAGCCUUUCGUGCUGACGCCGAUGUCUCUGCGAAAGCGACAGGAGGAGCAGCUGCACCAGGCGUUGCUCCUCUACCUCCAGCAGCGGUUCCCAGAGACGGCGCGGGUGUUCCAAGAGGAAGCACAACUCCAUGGGGGCACCGCGGGAGUGUCUGCAGACGCCUCGAGUGGAGGGAACCUCGAGAACGAAGGGGCAUCUCCCGGGCGAGAAAGACUGUCUGCGGCUCUCGACAUGGACGCCGACCUGCUCCCGCGGCGAUGGGCGGCGACAGCGCGCUUGCAGGCGUCUGUGGCGCGUCUGCAGAAUCAGGUGAGUCGACAGCAAGAGCAGAUCGCUCUCCUCAUGUCGGCGGCUGCAGGACGAGACGCAGGAGGAGACGCGUUCGCUUCGGAGCCCUCAGGGGCGAACGGGGCGGUAGAGAAGGACAAGGAGGCCGCUGUCCACACAGCUGAGGACUCAGCGAAGAGAGAAGAGAGAUCCCUCACGCUCCCUGCCGGACCUGCGGUGUACGUACUCCCGGGCCAAAGGUGCCCCGUCAACGCCCUCGCAGUUCAUCCCCUUCUGGCUCAGCUCGUCACUGCCGCAGACGACGGCAUCGUCCGGGUGUUCCAUAUCAUGCGAAACUCGGGCAAGUUCGAGAGUCAGUUCAAGGCUCACAGUGCAUCCGUCAAUGACGUUGCCUUCGAUCCGUCCGGCCGCUGGUUCGGAAGUGCAUCCUCGGACAUGACAGUGCGCAUCUUCGAUGUGCAGCAGAACUACGAACCUUUCAGGACACUUCAGGGUCAUGACGACGUCGUUUCUGCGCUGCAGUUCUGUGAACUCGCGGGCUCGCGUGCAGGCGCCCAGCCGUGCUCGGCCUUCAGCGCCUCACCAGACGUUUCCUCUGUCUCCUCGCUCUUCGUCUUCUCCUGCUCACGUGAUGGAACAGUAAAGCUGUGGUCUCUCGCCUCGGGACUCUGUCUCCGGACGUUCUCGCCGUCGCCUGAGGAGUCUUUUUCGCUCAACAAGGAGGCGUGGAUUCGAGACGUCGCCGUCCCCGAAGAGUCGCUGCGGGCCGCGAAAGUCUUUGCGAGCUGUGGCAACGGUCAAAAAGUGACUCUCUGGCGCUACGACUUGGGCGUUUCAGUUCGGGAGAUGACCGGACACUCGCACGUGGUUGAGAGUGUCGUCUUUGCGUCAGAAAAAAUGCUUCGGCUGCUUCACGCUCAGAAGCGAGCUCCUUCGCCUCUCCCUGGAAGUAUUCUCGACGAAACAGCUCUUCAGGAAACUGAGAAGUCUGCCGGCACCAGCAGCGUCUUGCGGGUCGCUGGCCUUGUCCUCUUUUCUGCAUCAAGAGAUCGAACGUUGCGCAUGUGGGAUGCUAUGCAAGGCACAACCAUGCAUGUCUUUGUUGGCCAUGACAACUGGGUCCGCCGCGUCGUGCUUCAUCCCGGAGGGUCUCACAUUAUUUCUUGCAGUGACGAUCGUUCGAUUCGGUGCUGGAAUAUUCUAUCUGGCGCAUGCGAGCGAGUUCUCUCAUCCGCUCACUCCCAGUUCGUCACAUGUCUUGGCUUCGAUUUGUCGACGCAGCUGCUCGCGAGCGGAUCCCUCGACUGCACAGUCAAGCUCUGGAGCUGCAAUCGCGCUCAGCAGAAGGAACUCGCCGAGAAACAGUUGAAGAAAAGUGAAGGACCUGCAUGACGAGAUGUCCACUGUCUUCGCCUUGAGUUUCCCAGUCAAAUUUGCCCGUUCCCGUUGCCAUUUCUGUUCAGCUUCUAUUCGUUUCGCUGGACUUACCUAGUUUCUGGACCCUGCAUCGUCGCUCACUCACCGUACUUUUCCUUUGUUCCUCCGACCUCCUCUGUUUUGGGGUCGGGAGAGGCAUCCCGAAGCAAACAAGUUCACACAAGUUUUCAGAGAAGCACGGGGCGUCCACAGCGGUCGUCAUGCUGGUGCAUACAAGUGCAUGCGUAUGCUUUCAAAAAUGGAUGCAAGCACACCAAUGUGUGGACUUGCGAGUCGAUGUGGUUCUCGGAGGAAACAAAUCUUUUGUCUCCGAAACAGCUGGAAGGUAAAUCCUUGAGAAGCGCGGCUCA